AUGUCAGUUGAAGAAGACCAUGACGAUGUCAUGAGUGAAGAGGAUAUCACAGUAGUAGAGUCGAUGACAAUUCAAGAGCAUGCUUCAAAGAAAAGGAAAUUUACAUCAAAAGUAUGGAAUGAUUUUGAUUGGUCACGAGACAAAGAUGGUAAAGAAAAGGCUACGUGCAAGCAUUGUAGGAAGGAAUAUGCUUAUGACAGUCAGAAAGGAGGAACAUCAACUAUGUCAAGGCAUUUAAAGAAGUGCCCUAGACUGAAGAUGCAAGAUGUGGGGCAACUUUUGUUAUCUACAAAUAAUGGAGAACUGGAUACUCGUGCACGCAAAAUAGAUCGAUCAAAGUUUCGGGAUUUAGUUGCAAGACUAAUUAUUGGUAAAAAUCUCCCCUUUAAUUGUGUAGAAUGGACUGAAUUUAGGGAGUUAUGUAGUUAUCUGAAUGUCGAUGUUGAAACCAUAUCAAGGAAUUCUACAAGGUCUGAUAUUCUUAAAAUGCAUAAGUUCCAAAAAGAAGUUAUUCGCAAGAAAUUACAAUGUGCUCCAGGAAAAGUAAUCAGCAUCACUUUGGAUAACGCUGCAUCAAAUACUUCAUGUGUUAAGAUAAUGAAGAGUCGAUUCAUUGCAAGGAAUGUUAUGUCGGAUACUGGGAAAAGAAACUUUCAUAUAAGCUGUUGUGCUCACAUAAUAAAUCUUAUUGUAAGAGAUGGACUGACAGAGAUUGAUCCAGCAGUAAUCAAGAUAAGGUUAGCAGUGAAGUACCUUAAAGGUUCACAAAGAAGAAAACAAAAUUUCUUGGAUACUGUCAGCGAUUUAGGAAUGUCAGUAAAGAUGGGUGUUCGACAAGAUGUUAAGACAAGAUGGAAUUCUACUUAUCUUAUGUUGCAAAGUUGUAUUUCGCAUGAAAAAGUCUUCACUCAUUUGAGGUUGGUGGACCCUGACUAUGCAGAGUCUCCUAAUGGGGAAGAAUGGGAGCAAAUCAAAGUGGUCACGAAAUUUCUCAAGGUCUUUUAUGACCUCACGACUCUAUUCUCUGGAAACAAGUAUCCUACUUCUAAUUUUUAUUUUGAUGGGGUUUGUCAGAUUAAAGUAUUAUUAGAUCAAGAGACAACUAAUGACAUUGAGUUCAUCAGAAACAUGGCGAAGAAAAUGAAAGAAAAAUUUGCCAAGUAUUGGAAAAAAUUGAGUCCAAUAUUGGCAAUGGCAGUCGUUUUAGACCCUCGAUUGAAGUUUGAAUUUGUAGAGUUUACUUUAGAAAAGGUGUAUCUUGUUGAGCGUGAAAUGAAGAAGGAAGUUGAUAUUAUUAGAAAAAGGAUGGCGGCACUCUAUAAAGAGUAUCAUACGGCGUCAACUUUAAGAGGUUCGACAACCAAUGAAACUCAGAAUUCGGGUACUGUAAAUGGUGGGAAUUCUGGACGCAAUGGAAGUGCUUUUAUGCAGGAAUUUUCCGCGGCAAAAAAAAAUGGUGGUCAACAAUCUGACAAGUUAGAACUAGAACAAUAUCUAAGUGAGUCAUCAGGAUCAAUGUCAACUGAUUUUGACAUCUUGAACCUUGGGGGAAGGGUACUUGACAGAUAUCGCAGCUCAUUAUCACCCGAAAGUGCCGAGGCAUUGAUAACAACUCGUGAUUGGAUAUAUGGAAUCGGAGCUGCAUCAACUGAUGUUGAGGAAGUUAAAGAUAAUGAUAUCAGUGAGGAUGUAUUGGCAUUUGAGCCAGCAAACAACAAUGAGGCAGUUCAUACUGGAGCAUCUUGA